UUCCGUUACUGAAAUUAUGUUUCUAUGGAAACCCAUAUUGUGAUUAAUAUUUCAGUUUUUAUGACACGUAUAAACACCAAAUAACAUUAAAAAGCGUUUUAUAUUUAUACAGAAUAUACAGAUAUUUAAAUUGCCAAACUUUGAUUAUAUUUAUGGCGAGAGCUCCUAGAGAUGGCAUUGGAAUAUUAACGAAGUUAAACGAUUGCACUACUUGUGAAAGCAUACAAAAUAUAGCUCCUUCCCCAUCUCCUUGUGAGCUAUCGCGCUCUGAAAACUUCAACACAUCAUCGCAAAAUAUAGAAAUCAAAGACGCAAGUGACAAAAAUGACUCGUCUAUCGUUAGUGACAGUGAUAGUGAAGAAAUAAGUUACGAUGAUGAUUUCGAGCCCUUAGAAGCAGACGAUGAUGAUAAAGGGCAUGGAGAUUCUCGAAGUGUCCGAAGUAUCAGUUCGCAAAGUCAAAGUUCGUUCUGCGCGUCUACUACAUUAAAACUUCCAAAUAGAACAUUCCCUGAUUCAGAAAUACGAGAGAUUGAGCGCCAAAAUGACAUUUUGAUGAAGAAAAUUCUUUCAAAUAACAGAAGACCCAAUCAAUAUAAACCAAGAUCUACUGACUUCAGAUUGCCUUCCAGUGCAGCUGUUAACCGCAAACGGCAAGAAGCGAAAAUUGCUAGAGAAAAUCAAAUUUUAUUAAGGAAAAUCCAAACUGUUAAGUCUUCUUUUCAGAAAUAAAAUGCUGUUAGUAUUA